AUGUGCGACCAAAAGGCGGUGAUCAAAAAUGCCGAUAUGUUGGAGAUGCCACAGGACUCCAUGGAAUGUGCUACUCAGGCGUUGGAGAAAUAUAACAUAGAAAAGGAUAUUGAGGCCCAUAUUAAGAAGGAGUUUAGGGGGUUUGACAAGAAGUACAACCCCACCGGGCACUGCAUGGUGGGGAGGAACUUCGGUAGUUGCGUGACACAUGAAACCAAACACUUCAUCUACUUCUACCUGGGCCAAGUGGCCAUUCUUCUGUUCAAAUCUGGUUAACAGCAUGGACUGUACUACACACCCAGUGAUCCAUCCAAAAAUAAGGAUUGCAGCCUAAAUUCCAAAUACC